CCGAGGACUGCGCUUGGGCAGCUGGCGGAGAGUUUGCCCCUCGGGUAGCUGGAGUUUCUAACGGGAAUGGAGGAAGAAGACUUCUCAGGUUCACCUGCACUGUCUGAGGUGACUGAUGGGCAGAACACCACGACAGAAACACACACAAACUCUGAGGUCCAUCCGAAGCCCCUUGUGCUCAGGCUCCUGGAGGCGGAGAAUGACCUGGAGGGUGAAGAGUGCGAAGGGGUUGAGGAGGAAGAAGAGGACGAUGAGUAUAAAGCGUCCAAGACUCACAAAUCUCAUGAGGCCUCCACAUUCUCCAAGCCCCGCACGGCCAGUGAUUCCCUUCAGUCCCGCAGCGGCAGUGAUUCCCUUCAGUUCCGCAAGGCCAGUGAGUCUCUUCAGUUACCGCAGGUCCGCGACGGUGGAAAAGGCGACUUGCUUUCCAUCACAGAGACUAGGACCUCCCCGUCUUUAACGGCCAGAUACCUACCGCGACUCCAGCUGGCUUCCCGGAGCGCGCACCCUGCUUCCCGUGACUUUGUAAGGAAAUGUUUUUUUUCUAGAAAGAGAGUCGAAGAGCUUUCUAGACCUAGAGAUCACUUGGGAACUCCAGAUAGGAAGCUGUUUUGGGGAAAUCAAGAUCCCAUCCGUCCUAUUUCUCAGGCUGCUUUGAAGGUUCAGCUGACUAAGCGACUUGAGGACCUUGCCCAGCCCAAGCUGGUCUCCCGACACUAUGUCCCUAACAGGGCUCAGUAUUACUACAGCUGCGGAAGAGAGUCUGUGAUUUGGGAGGUCCCUCCUACUGCAUUGUUUACUCGGCCUUCUAAACGGAUCCAGAAGCUGGCAAGACCCAAGAGAUACAAAACGGAGUGUCCGCUCUCUUGUCAUACUUUGUUUCCAUUUGCGUAUCGCCCCCUCAGUGACGACAUAGCACCGGAGACGGUUCGCUUCUCUGAUCCUUCUCCCCGGAUCCUGCGACUCUCCAUAGCCAAAGGCACAGACCCCAACUACGUUCCUCCAAAGAGUAUUGAAACCAAGAUUUCCUUCUCUACCCUGAGCGCUAUUGCAACUCCAAGGAUUGUAGACCUUGCCCACCCAAAGAUCAAGAUAGAGGGCCUGUGCUAUGAAAGAGAAAAGAGUGAAUUGCCCAUCCGACCCGUAAACCCUGCGGCACUGCUUGCCAUACCCAGCGACCGAACGGUAAUUCUAGCGAAGUCCAGGCCCGUGCAUGAAGAUUAUCUCCCUGUCCGAGAUGCCCGAUGGCCUGUAUCUUACGCUGCUGCGCAUUCUCGGGUGUCUGCCAGAAUCCAGGAGCUAGCUGUUCCAAACACAAGGGGUUCAGUGAAUAUUGUGUUUUAUGACCCGGAUGCCUUUAAAGUCAAACCUUCUGCUUUGAAAGCAUAUUGUUCUGCCAGGAUCAAGGAGCUGGCAGAACCCAUUGUGCGUUAACGACAGCAAGCGACCCCAGGCAGACAUCUGGAACAUGUGGCAGAUGACUUCAUUCCCUGCGCUGACAUUUACUUCUUACCAAACACCUCCCAAAUAUGAGACUUCCAGGGCACACCACUGUGAGGCUCAGAUAGGUGCUGUCUGCGGUCUUGUCUUUAGCAAGUUAGGGCACUCCCUCCACCUUGCAAUAAAGGAGAGAGCAAUGCUUGCCUCAUUAUCCCUCCUGCUCACACAAGCAUCUCAGCAGCCCUCUUGCUGUGUUGAUGCUGGUGCUGGUGCUGAUGCUGGUGCUGGUGCUGAUGCUGGUGCUGAUGCUGA